CGUCGUACUAUCCCAUAUUGCUUUGCGUCAGUUGCCUUUCUUUCUUUAGAAUAAACUGGAAUACAUAAGUGUAUUCCAAACGUAACGUAUAUUUUAAAACAACUUAGAUUGUGUGAUUUUGUAUUUUAAAAACAAAGUUAUAAAACUGAUAAAAUGGCAGACAAAAUUGACAUGUCGUUAGAUGACAUUAUCAAACAAGAUAGAAGUAAGUUUCGUGUUCGUGGGGCUGGAAGAGGUGGAGGAAGAGGAAGUAGAGGCCGUGGAACUAGGCCUAGUAGUGGCGGUGUAGGACGUUGGAGUACUGGACGUGGAGGUCCCAUUCGUAAUCGUCAAACAAGAGGAAGGUCAAAGCCCUUACCAUACUCUAGGCCUAAACAGCUACCUGAUAAAUGGCAGCAUGAUUUGUUUGAUGGUGGGGUUGGAGGAGGAGCAAGAGGAUUAACUACUGGGCCUUCUAAGUUACUGGUAUCUAACUUAGAUUUUGGUGUGUCUGAUGCUGAUAUAAAGGAACUGUUUGCAGAAUUUGGGCCCCUAAGAAAGGCCGCAGUUCAUUAUGACAGAUCUGGUCGCUCAUUAGGUACAGCAGAUGUUGUUUUUGAGCGGCGUGCUGAUGCAAUAAAGGCCAUGAAACAGUACAAUGGUGUACCACUAGAUGGCCGUCCAAUGAAUAUUCAGAUUGUCACAUCACUUACACAAGGAGGAAAUGUUGGUAGAAUAGGCAGUGGAAUUAGUGGUGGAGGAGGUGCCCGAGGUGGUGGUGGUGGUGGACGUGGGAGAUUUAUGAGGUCAAGAGGUCGAGGCAGAGGUCGUGGUGGAGGCCAGAAUCGAAAAGUUCCCACUGCAGAGGAAUUAGAUGCAGAAUUGGAUGCAUAUGUAAAUAAGAUGGACUAAUGAAAAUCCAAGCUCAUCGCAUUUCUGUGUUUAAAUUGGUUAUGGAUGUCAUGUAAGAAGACACCAAGAACACCCCAGAUGCUCACAUUGCACAGUCUACUGGUUAUAAUUGUGUGCAAAUGGACUACAUACUUUUAAUUUUCUACAGAAACGUGCGAUUUAAAAAAAAAAUUUUUUGUGUGUGUGUAUUACUUAUUGUAUUGGAUUUUCAUCUCCAUUUAUUAUUGUCGAAUAUCAUCAAGUCGUAUUCAUUUUAAACAUUUUGUACGACUCUUUCAGAUGAAACAUUCACCUUAGAACUUCCUAUUUUUGCUUUUCAUCAGUGCAGUGAACGAAACCAGAAAGAUUUUAGAUUAAAAUAUAUGGUUUCAAAAGUUUCAUUCUGUUGUUAUUAAAUUGUUAAAAUAAAUCUCACUGACUCCUUCAUAA